CCUUUCCCCGGGUCCAGCGGCGCUGUGCCGCUAGUCGGCUCCGCGGGCGGCCAGUGCGCCGGUUCACGUCCAGACAUGUCCGCGUGGCGGCCCCCAGGCCAUGAGCUAUAGGUGGAGGCGCGUGAGGGCGCGCUCUGUGUGGCGGGAGAUGGCGGCUAAGGGCCUGCGCGGACUGGCGGAGCUACGCGCCCUGCUGGGACUGGCGGACGCGCUGUGCACCCUCGCGGCCUUCCUGGCGGCCGCCCUGCUGGCGCCCCUGCUCGCGCUGCUCAGCUGCGUGGUGGAAUCGGGCCGGAGCGCGUGCGCGCGCAGGCUGCAGGCGCGCCGCCCGGAGCUGCGCGUGGUGCGAGACACGACGGUGCGCUCCGCCAUGGACACGCACAGGAACCAGGGAGUGGUCACCGCCUUGCUGGAGCUGGAGGGUCGCUGCGACCUGGCGCGCGUCCGGGCCUGCCUGCAGGACGAGAUCCUGGACCAGAAGAACGCCGCCGGCGAGCUGCGCUUCCCCCACCUCAGGAUGGCCCUGGGCACGAGGACCACGAUGCUGCUGGCCAAGCACUACGUCUGGCGGCCGGUGGCGCGCUUCUCCCUGGACGACCACCUUCUGCUGGGCAGCAACUUGUUCCGCGGCCGGCCCGUGUCCGAGCUCAACAUACAGGAGUACGUGAGCGAGGUGGUGUCCAAGUACCUGCCGCCGGAGCUGCCGCCCUGGCAGGUGGUGCUGCUACCGCGCGCCGGCCAGGACGAGCGCUACUACCUGGUGGUGCGGCUGCACCACCUCCUGCUGUCGGAGGGCGGCCUGGGGCUGGGGCAGCUCCUGAGGCCGGUGUGGCCCUCGCGGCUCGACGAAGACGACGAGAACCCUUCUCCGGGGGAGGAGGAGUUCCCGAGCCCCUUCGCGGACCUCGCGCCGCCGCUCGUCGCCUGCCGGACCCUGGCCCGCGCCACCGGGGACUGGCUCGCCGCGGCGUGGGCGGGCUUCGCGCGGGACCACGACCCCGUCGAGAACGUGGACCUGCUGAAGAAGCGGCCCCGGCUGUUGGGUUUCGCGGCCGCCCUCGUCGCCGCCUGCGUGGCCUGCGUCCGGGACCGCCGCGGCCUCGCAGCGGUGGCCGCAGAGUUCCGGAGCCGGCGGUGCACGCCGGGGUUCCUGUGUCGGGCUGCCUUCAACUCGUGCCGCCCUUCCAGUGUGGUCCGCGGCGCGGCCCGCCUCGCGUGGCUCGCCCUGGGACUGCCCGUGGUGGCAGUCCGGCUGCUGAGGGCGCUCGCUCGGCACUGCGCUCUCACCCUUGAGGCCGCUUCAGAGGCCUGGAGCUACUGCAAGCUGGUGUACACGGCGCCGAGGAUCCUGCUGGAGGACCUGUUCCUCGCGCAGAAGGGCGCGCGGCACCACCUGCAGACGGUGUCGCUGUGCGGCAGGAAGGUGGUGGCCUGGUCGCCGCCCGUGUCGCUCGACCUCGUCCGGAGGCUGGCGGCCGUCGCGGACGCCACGCCCAGCGAGGUGCUGCUGGCGGCAACAGCGGGCGCGCUGCGCGAGUACUUCCGCCAGCUGGGGCUGGCCGCGCCCGACAGCGUGCAGUGCGCGGCGCGCUCCGUGCCGCGCCUGACGGGCGCCGCGACGCGCGGCCUGGUGUGCCUGCCGCUGCCCACCGGGGCCCGCGGCUGCUCGCUGCUGGCGGCAGUGCGAGGCGCGACGCGCGAGGCCCGGCGGCGCCAGGCGGCCCUCCACCUCUUGUCCUCGUGGCUGCCCGAGGGCGGGCUGCUGCCGCGCCUGCUGCCCGCCGCGCUCGUCCGCCUGCUCAUGAACCACGUGACGCGCCGCUACGCCGUCACGCUGGCCGAGGUGGGCCCGCAGACGCAGUGCGUCUCCGCCUGGGGCCACGCCGUGCGCCAGCUCGUGUACUGGCGCCCGCCGCAAGGGAACAUAUGCAUGGCGCUGACGUUGAUGCAGUACGGACACUCGGUCCACCUGGGCGUGAUGACAGACGCACUGCUGUCGCCCCAGCACGCCUUCAUCGCCAGUGGCUUCCAGCAGCAGAUAGCCGAGCUGGCGAGCGCCUCUGGGGUGCAGAGAGACCGCGCCCCCAGCAGCUAGCCAUCCCUGACAUCCCUGCCCUAUCUCGCACUGCUAGUUCGCUUUAUCUUCGCAUCCUCACCUGCUGUAACACCCUAUACUCUACUGCUAUCUCGCUUUAUCUUAUACUCACAGAUAGACCACUCUUAUCCCCAGCUGCCAGCAUGCUUUAUCUUGUCCUGCUUUUUUUUCUUAGCGUACACCUGCUAGUACACCCUAUCCACAGCUGCUAGCUCACUUUAUCCUCUUAUUCUCAACUCCUAUCACACUAUUCUAAACUGCUAGCUCGCUUUAUCUUAUCUUUUUUGCUAGCCCAUCCUGUCCCCUUCUGCAAUUAUGAUAAUCUAAUAUCCUCACCAAUCCCCAGCUUAUAGCUCACGUAUUAUAAACCUAACCUGCUAAUCCACUCUUUCCUCAGCCGUUAGCUCACUUUAUUCUCUUAUUCUCACCACUUAUACACUCUUUCUCCAGCUCUUAUCCUCACCUGCUAUCCCAUUCUGUCCUCAGCUGCUAGCUCGCUUUAUCUUCUUAUUUCCACCCGUUAGAUCAUCCUUUACAUAGCUGCUAGCCUACUAUUUACACUGACAUUUAGGCUGCCUUAACUCCAAAUGUUCGCCCAACACAUUCCUUGAUGCUAGCCCAGUUUAAAAAAUCUGAUAGUUGUUGAGCAGGUAGUUCGUCCUACCAUCAGUUGAUAGCCCAACCUAUUCCAGUUUCCCAAUGCCAGGUGUCUGUGAGUCACGCGCGAGAAGUUUCCCUGCUGAUGAACGCACGACAGAACCCUGCGAUAAAUAUUAAUGACUGGAUAAACUCAAAUAAGAGCCCGAGCGUUAACCACAUAUGUUCAGUACUGUAGAUAUGUAUAUAUCAAGAAGACUGAGUGAAGCAUGCAACCCAAUAAAUUUGAAGAAGCUGAAGGAGAAAAAUGUACACAAUUUUAUGUCAUGAAUAGUUGUCACCAUUACUUUAGUUAACUUUACACACAAAAUAUUGUAAUCAUAUUUAGGAGAUUUUAAAAAAUCACUUUCAUUUAAGUGUAAUUAAAAUUAAUAUUUUGGUUCUUAGAUAACAUUUUCUCCUGUCAUACUUUUCCUUAGUACAUUCUUGUAAAUCUUUGGUAUUAUGUUUUACUAACUUUUUUUUCAAGUUGUGGAGUGCCGGUUUAUUAGGUUGAAAAUGAAACAAUAAGCUCUGCCUUUUAGGUUAAUGUCAUUAUCCGUGUCAUGUUUCAUAGCCGAUACGAAAACCACUCGUUGUUAGAAUAAAUAUUAAGUGGAUAUAA